AUGCCGAGGCCGCCGCUAAGGUUUAGCGACCUUACCCCUGAGAGCGACACAAAUCUCCGCCGCUCGCGAUCCGUCGAAUAUGAGACCCCUAGCCACGAACACGGCCAUGGCCGGCGCCAUCGCAGUCAUUCGAGGGGAGUUGAUCACCAGAUGCAGUUGAGCGCCCAGAAAUCUCACGGACGCUCUUCCCGCAAACCCGAGCCGCAAGACUCUUAUUUCAGCUCUCAUCACCAACGAUCACUAUCCGCUUCUUCAUCGUCGUCGGUCGACGAAGAUGACCGGCAAGCCCACCGGUCACGGUCGUCGGCUACCGGUCACCCAACUCACCGCCACCGCACCCAUUCCCCAUCACGGUCCCGGUCGCGGUCCCGGUCCGUCGACAAGUCUUCUCAUCAACAACGGUCGGGUAGUCGCCAUAGACCAUCUCCGCCCAACCGGGAGCCUUCAAACUCACACCCGGCAGUGUACGGUCAAGACCGCCGAGAUCCGCGGUACCGGAAAGACCGAGACUUUCGGGACAGCAAGAUAGCAGCGUACCACCCACCUUCGUCGAGCCGCCCAGGCCGUGUGAGGAGAAGGGAGCACCGCCAUCCUGACCACCGCCAUCGCGACCACCGCCGCCGGGAUGACUCUUCCGACUCGUCAGACUCGUCCUCGGACGACGAAUCGGAGAAGCACGGGAACGGCCAGUCCCGGAGCGACAUUCUCAUGGGCGCGGCCCGCGUCGCCUUCGAGGCCGGUGCCCUCGCCGCGUACAAGAUGCGAGGAGACGACCGCCCCUGGGUCGGCCCGAAGGGCACCAAGGUCGUGGCCACGGCCAUAGGCGCGGCCGCCGUCGACACGUUUAUGGAAAUGCGCCACCCGGACCGCAAGGGCGGCAUACGGCACACGGUAAUGCGCCAGGCCACGCCGUUGCUCCUCAACCUCGCGCUGCGGCCCGCGGGCAGGAAGGCUACGGCGGUGAGGCCGGCAAUGAGGAGGAAGGGCACUUCCCUCUUUGGGCGGAGGCGAUAG